GUUUUGCUUUCUCACCAUGGGAGAAACGAUACACCUCUUUCUCCCACAUAGGCGAGCUUGCUUGUGCCAUUUUUUUUUUCUCGUUUGCUGGAGCAGUUUCGGGUAGAGUUGCAGUCGGCAGGUUACCGGCGUUCAUUCUUUACAAUAGUACAAUUUUCGUUCUAGAGGGUUGUUUUGUGGAGUUAUUCAGAGUUCGAGUCGCGUUUGCAACCCCAAGAUGCGAAUCUCUGUCCUGGUGGGCCUCGCUCAGAUCACGGCUGCAAAUGUCGUCCCCCGGCAGUCAAGUUCGACAGUGGACGUCGGCAAGUCCACGCUGACGGCCGACCCCGCCGACUUGGAUGAUGCGUGUUCUAUUGCCAUCCGGACCGCGGGUACCAACUCAAGGAUCAGGCCGUCUCUGGCGCUCAACUGCCUGCAGUCGAUACCUGUCGAUGUCGAGACGGACCUUACUCUGCUCGACCAGCUAACCUACCAUGCCGAAACGUUGAGCACUCUGGGGUACCUCAAGGCGCCGCCAGCCGGCUACCUCAUUCCUGGUGUUGAUAUCAUGGGAGCCUUUGAUGAAAUGAGGACCAAGCUGAAGGAUGGUAAAUAUGCCAACCAAUAUCACUUUAUGGAGGAGGUCUUUAAUGUGUACCACGCCGCUUCGGAAAGCCAUUUCACGUGGAGACCAAAGAUCCUGAACGCGUUUACCUUCCAAAGAGGUCUCAACCUAGUCAGUGUUUCCCAGGACGGCAUUGAGCUGCCCAAGGUUUAUGCAGAAGAGGAUUUUAUGAAGAGUCAGCGCGAUGGAUACGAUGCUUCAGAAAUUGUCUCCAUCGACGGAUCUCCAGUCGAGGACGUAAUAGCAAGGGAGUCUUUCAACGUGCUAGCCCAGGAUCCGGACGCAAAGUAUAACCAAUUGAUGCAGGGCCACGGUGUACAUUCGAUCGGCGGUGAAUUCUGGAAGAACUGGCACACGGCCGGCGUCCCCGACCUCCACAACAUCACAUUUGCAAACUCAUCGACCGCCACCUACUUCAACAGCGCCAGCUAUUCAGGCGAAGUGGCGGGUAUCCAAUCGGCCAAGGACCUAAGCAAGGCGUACCUGUUACCAACUGACCGUGACGGCAGCUCGAGCGCAUUUGAGUUGAACGCCAGCGAUGAUGGCAGUUUUGCGUCGGCCAUCAGCCUUAUGCAGCUACAGUCAUUUGGCAAGCGCGAUAUGGAGCCGCGAGAUCUAUUCAAGCCAGAAAAACUUAAGCCUUUCGUCAGCCACAAGCUGGGGAUGAUGUAUGGCUAUUUCCUUGACAAACCCAACUUUACAGACGUGUGCGUCCUCGCCAUCCCGAGUUUCUCGAGCAACGGCACGAGCGACUACAAAACCGAGCUCGAGGACACGCGGCGCGUGAUACGCGAGUUUGUCACCAAAUGCAAGGCCGCCAACCGCAACCGAGUCGUGCUCGACGUCUCGGGCAAUGGCGGUGGGAACUACGCCGCCGGAGUGGAGCUCUUUCGCAACUUCUUCCCCAAGGCCGAGCACCGCCAGGCCUACAACUUUCGCGUGUCGCCGUUUAUGCGUUACCUGGCCACCAACAUGGACGAGAGCGAGAAGUGGAACUUUUACCAGCAGGAGUCGCGCGAGUACAAGCCCAGCUUUGACGAGUUCUUCAAGCCCUCCAAGGACAUCAAGCAAGACGACCUCACCGGCCACGUGCUGAUCGAGCCCUCGAGCAUCGCGAGCGACUUUGGUGGCGAAGCCAUCGACACCUCCAAGGAGCCGCCGUUCAAACCCGACGACAUGAUCAUCCUCUCCGACGGACACGCCGGCUCCACCUGCGCGGGGAUCGUCAGCCUCUUCUACCGCGAGGCGGGCGUGCGCGUCGUGGCGUUUGGCGGCCGGCCGCUCGAGCGGCCCAUGCAGGGCGUUGGGGGCACGAGGGGCGGCUUCGGGUACGACGAACCCAUGUUCCGCAACCUUUCGGACGCCUUCAACGCCGGCGGCCGAGCCCGCCGUCCCGACCCACCGUCAGGGGUCCAGCGCCCGCCGCGCUGGCCCAUGGCAGUCCAGAGCCUUUUCAACUGGCGCACAAAUUGGAACAAUGAAUUCGCGGUCGGGGCGGUCGCAGACGCGGUUCCGUUGCAUUUCAGCUACGAGGCCGCGCACUGCCGCCGCUUCUACCGCGCCGAUAACGUCGUCGACCACACCACGACCUGGGCCGAUGCUGCCUCCGUGGCGUGGAAGGGCGCCAAAUGCGUCAAGGGCAGCACCGUCAACAGCGAUGCGACCAUCGGUAAAGGUGGCAUGGAUGGCGCGCCGGCGUUCUCGGAGGACGUGCGGUCGCGGCAGCGCUACGUCGGCCUCGGGGCCGUCAAUAACGGUGUUGCCGCCACAGGGCAGCUGCCACCACAGGGGGGCCGGAAGGCGGGCUCUGGAUCGGCCGAGGGUGGUGGCGGUGGUGGUGGUGACUCCAAGAAGGAUGCGGCGGGUGGCUUGAGGGCUAGUGUCUUUACCGUUGCUGGUGUUACUGUUCUUGCCGCUGCUCUGUUGGCUGUCUGAUCAACAUGACUGUACGAGAAAGAAGUCGUCAGAGAUGUCUCUGGGCUCUUCCUUUCUUUUUUUCUCUUUCUUUUGUGUAUCUUUUUUUCCUUGAUGCAUUGCAGGCGCAUGUGAGCGACUUUUUCUUCUUUCUUUAGUACAGUCCCAAUUAGGGCUUCACGUGGCUAGAUUUUCUAGACUAGAAUUAGACUUUUAGCAUAGAGUUUACUGUUUGUUGUUUGUCCCCACAUCGCACAACUUUUAGCCCAGAAAGGCCUGGAACGGUGCUGUAAGCGUGUGCUGAACACGUCGCAAUUCGAGGUUUCAUGUGUUGGUGGGGAUGCAACGCACAGCCAUCAUGCUACAUACAGUUUUGAGUUGCUAUUGUUUACCAAUC